GAGAUCGUGUUUGAAAACAGUGCUAGAACUCUCUGGUGCCAGAUUACAACAGUAUAAACCUGGCUUCCAACACGUAUUGCUCGAUAUUUGGGUCCGCUAGCGCUAAAGUCAAUGAAUUCUCCCUCGGAAGAAAAUAAGAAAAGACAUCGCGAGAACUUUUCUACGCCUGAAAGUGAUCCGAAUGUACUGGAAGCGAGCACUGUAAAGUGUUUUCCCGCUGUCAAACGCAGUUUUCGUCAAAAACAGAGUAAUUGGAGAUGGAGAUGGAGGUAUUUUACGAGGUAUGUUUUUCUUAUUUUAUCAUCUCCCCUUUGUGGCAAGAUCAAAACCUUUUUCUGCAUGUUGGAUCGAGUAGUUUUACUUGAAUUGGCGGCAAUCAAAAGUAAUUGUUGAUACUUCACAUCCUUCGUCAUGUUCGCAGAUAUUCUGCACGGUAAUGAACUCCCCGUGGAUUCCAGAGGCAAACAUCGCAUCAUAUUGUGUAACAAAAGUUGUUCAACUCUAAUAUCACAAAGAUGCAUUUUUACUGGUAUUUCAGAUGUAUGCGUUUGCAGAAUGUUUUAGCGAAAAUGAUAGGCGUUGAGAAUUAUUUUUGCAAAAAAAUAUGUUACAGCAGAUGGUUUCUCGUAGUUCUUCAAUAUCGCAAAGAGUCGAUUCGUCGACUGGAUAUGAAUUUCAUCUCAGAUUUUUUAUAAUUCUUGAAAACAUCUAACGAACGAAAUCCAAAUUUGAAUGCUUGCUUGUUAAUUUCAUCGGUCAGGUGAAUUUCUUUCUUUUUAAAAAUCCCCGGUUAUAUCUGUGUAGGCACGAAAUUGAAAAUAUUCGGGUAAAACCCCUUUGUAGUUGGCGGCUAUUCGGAAGCUUCUCUUUCUUAAAUAUUUUGUAUUGGUCUUCCUUAAGUGUUGAGUCGAGACCACUUCGAAUUUUUAUUAUGGGAAGAAUAUUUGGGCACGCGUAUGAAAUCGUUCAUCGAUCCUCAAAACACAAUGAUUUUCGAUUCAUAUUUAAUAACUUGCCAAACCACAGAAACUAAACAAUUUCGAUUCUUGACGAGGAUAAAUUCCUUUAAUUUUAAUAAUCCUGAACACAAAUUUUUUUUGCAGAAGGUUUUUAAUUCGAUUUGUGACGUAUAUUGGUUUUAUUUUUUGUCAACUGGGUAAACAAGUUGAACUCCUCGCUGUGUUUAGAAUUGUUGUAGCCUGCCAUGAGAGUUUCGUCGCCCAAAACAACACUUUGGAUUUAAUUUUCUAGAACCAUCAACUACACAAUAGUUUGUGGUCGAUUUUUACCCCUAAGGAUUUUGGAUGUGGCUUAUGAUUCACAAAAAUAGUAGGCGGUUUUUCUUUCUUUAUGGUAAACACGUGGAGCUAUUGUUUUUAAUGAACUUCGUAUUGGUUUACAGUGGCGAAACCACACAUCAGAUUUCUAUCGUUGUGUAACACUGAUGACAUUCGGUCACAGGAGUGUUCUCCUCAAAAAACCGCAAACAGCUAUUGCUUACUUUUGUAAAAAAACAUUACUAAUUGCCAGUCAAUUCUGAAUCAUUUCUGAUUUCUCUCAGUCAUGUCUAGCUACAAACUUUUAUGCUGUAUUAUCAGUGACUUCUCUCACGCAUAUAUAGCUUCAAAAUUUUAUACUGUUAAUUGGAAACGGUUUAAUUUUUACACAGUGCUGGCUAGCAUCUCGUACCUCUUCCUCACAAGCUUAAGCAUUUGAUUUCCUGUUAUUGAUAACAUGUGUGCUUCCUUUAAGCCUAAUUUUAAUAACUUGGCUAUUCAUUAGAUUAUCACAAUGCUAUGCUCUGCUAGCCUCUGGCAGAGCUAGUUGUCCCUUGCUAGAUGUUUAUUGAGUAAAGUUGACAACUGUUACAGAUCUGAAUUCUGAAGACAGCCACGUUGCCUUUUCACCAGCAGAAACUGUUGAGCAUAAUCAUUGCUUAAAGGAAAACAAAAACAAAUACAGUUCAUUUCCAUUUAUAUCUUAUCAAUUAGAUCACAGAUGACACGAAAGUGAAACGAAAACAAAAUCAGGGUUAAUUACCCGAGGAGUAGAGUAUAAACAACAGACAAUGUUGUACAAUUUCUAUUUAUAAAGACAAAUUCUGAUAAGGCAAUUUUUGUCAAAAGCAAUGCAUGUUAAAUAUUGAAGGAUGUCAGAGAUUUUUGACACAGAGAACAUUCAUGCAAAGUGACUCAUGCUUGCUUGUCUGAUUUGUGUUGUUGACAGGGCCCUGCAGCCAAUCUCAGAACAAGGUGAAAAUGCAAAAGAUGACACAAUUAAAGGUGAUGAGAGUGACCGCAAUUCAGCAGGGGUUGGAAGCAAUGAAAAGGAUUUAGAAAGAGGGCAUGAGAGCAUAGAUUUAUACAAUAAAGAUAAAGUGGAUUGUGCAUACAACACAAAGGAUGAAAAUAGUCUUCAAAAUAAUCAAGAAUCACUGGCAUCUAAAGAAGAUUACAGUGCCUGUAACAAACUAAUUGAGAAGUUUCAAGAAGCUGUGUUAGAUAAUGCAGUAAGAAUCAUUCAAGCUACCUUUAAACGUUUUAGAGAAAGGCGCCAUUUUCUGAAACUAAAGAAAGCAGCUACAGUAAUACAAAGGAGUGUAAGGCAGUGGCUUAAAUUGAGACAGUUGAAUGAAAGGCCUCGGCUAAAAUCUCCCAAGCACAAAGGAAAGCUUGAAAUAGGGGAACAAAAGAGUGGUUCAAUGCCAGAUCUGCUGAAUGAAAAAGUUGAUGGUAUUCACACUGAAAACAAAGAAAAAGGAGGUGCAAGAGAGACACCUCAUGGAGAAUUUGAAGAUGAAAGAGAACCAACAAAUGGAGGCUUUGAGGAUGAAAGAGACAACUGCCAGUGUAACUGCAAGGAACUGAUUCAUGGUAAUGAGGAACUCUGUGCACGAGAAUCAACUGUGGAUGAAACUGACCAAUUUGACAUUUCAUUUGAUAGUCUCGACACUGAAUCUUUUAUGGGGAGUGCUGAUAAUCUCAAUGAAACAGAUGUCUUCAUAGACCAGAAUGGAGAUAAUUCUCCCACUGGUGAUGCAGAUGCUCUCUCACUGGCUGACAGCGGCAUUGACAUGUGUUCUGAUACAGUCCAAGAAGUUGCUAUCAUUGAGGAAUGUGAAUUUUCCAAGAUUGAAAAUACCCUUCCAAAUACCUCAAGCUCAUUAACAAAUGAACCAACUGAUCACCAAAAAUGAGAAGAAUUUGGUCCUCGCUGGCAUAACAAUUUCUAAAUACUGGUACUCUGACUGUACUAAUUCAAAAUCUUGAAAAAAAAAUUCUCUCACAGGUAUAUAUGAAUGUGUUAGAAAUUGUCCGGAGAAAGUGGACACAAUUCAGUCUUGGGGUUUUUUUACUUUUCCCUUUUCAUUUCUUGUGCAUAUUUUUUUUGGUAAAAUAUUAACAAUAUCAUGAUCAUAUAUUGAAGUCUGAGUGAUGGGGUUGAAAAACAAAAAUCAUUGCUCAAUAUAAGAUGUAUUAUUACGCAGAUCUGAGCUAUUUUAUAUUUCUCAUGUUUUAUUUUUAGCAUGAGAACUCUGUACCCAUCUCAAUUUCAGCUUUGAAGACAAUUUGUUUACGUCACUUUUGAGUAUUAUUACUUUCAUUGCCAAGCUCCCAAAAGAUUGAUGGAUUUGGUUAUUUUAAAAUGUCACUUAAGCUCAAGUAAGGCCAUAACAAUUGUGUUGUUUGUAGAUGAUAAAUUUACACUUUGCUAGCUGGCUUGCCUUAAGCAGUUUAUGAAGAUAUUUGCAUUCACUUUGAAUUGAAAACUUAUUCUGUUCUCCUCAUAUGUCGACCCAAAUAAGAGAAAAUUUUGACAUAAUGUUUAUGUGCCAUUGGAGGAAAACUCAUUCUUUCUCAAACUUAUUUAGUUGGGAUAUCCUUGUAAUGAGAUUUAAACCUGUAAGUUGUGUUUCUGAUGUUGACUUUUUUUAAAGUGUAUCUGCACAGUACUUUUCAGGUGACUUGAAGUUUGUUUGUUCAUCUUUGUGAAUUCUUCUGCUUUUUUUUCUUUUGCAUGCUAAUUGCAGUAAAGUAUGAGAAUGCCAGUAGUUUGUAAUUACACUUUACUAUAGUCCCAUUCCUAGAAAGAGAAGAGGAAAGUAUGUAAAGUAUAUAAUAGAUAGUCAUUUUCAAUUUAUUAGUUUCUUUUCUAAACAUUGCUAAAUAAAUGCAUUUCAAUUCAAUUGGCUUCAAAUGCAUGCAAAAUUUUGGAAUAGAUAUGACGCAUCAAUGGAACAGAAGAAUGAAAAGUUUCCAUCACUUGUAAAAAGUGAUUUAAAAAAUUUUGUUGAAUUUUAUAUUAAAUUGUGAAUAAAUUAUGGUUGUUGCAUGGAGUCUGUUCCAGACUUUCAGGCAACCAGAAUAUUCAAUGCUUAUUUAUGAAAAAUACUUGAAGAAUUUUU